AUGGUCCUUCCUAACGAACCCGAAUUCAAGCAAGCCUACAACGAAUUGGUCUCUGCCCUCGAAGACUCCACUCUUUUCUCUCAAAGCCCAGAGUAUAAGAAGGUCAUCCCAGUUGUCUCCAUCCCAGAAAGAAUUAUCCAAUUCAGAGUUACCUGGGAAAACGACAAGGGCGAAAUCGAAGUUAACAAUGGUUUCAGAGUUCAAUUCAACUCCGCUUUAGGUCCAUACAAGGGUGGUCUUCGUUUCCACCCAACCGUCAACUUGUCCAUCCUCAAGUUUUUAGGUUUUGAACAAAUCUUCAAGAACGCCUUGACUGGUUUAUCCAUGGGUGGUGGUAAGGGUGGUUCCGACUUCAACCCAAAGGGAAGAUCUGAUAACGAAAUCAGAAGAUUCUGUACCGCAUUCAUGAGACAAUUGGCUCGUUACAUCGGUGCUGAUACCGAUGUUCCAGCUGGUGACAUUGGUGUUGGUGGUAGAGAAGUUGGUUACAUGUUUGGUGCUUACAAGCAAAUGCAAAACAACUGGUCUGGUAUCUUAACCGGUAAGGGUUUAACCUGGGGUGGUUCUUUGAUCCGUCCAGAAGCCACUGGUUACGGUUUAGUGUACUACGUCGAAAAGAUGAUUGAAAAGGCUACUAACGGUAAGGAAACCUUCAAGGGUAAGAAGGUCGCUAUCUCUGGUUCCGGUAACGUUGCACAAUACGCUGCCUUAAAGGUUAUUGAACUCGGUGGUAUUGUUGUCUCUUUAUCCGAUUCUAAGGGUGCUAUCAUCUCCGAAUCUGGUAUUACACCAGACCAAAUUGCUGAAAUUGGUUCUGCCAAGUUAAAGCACAAGUCAUUACACGAGAUUAUCUCUGCUUCCGUCUUCACCCAAGGUGGAAAGGCUUCCGUUGAAUACAUCGAAGGUGCUAGACCAUGGGUCCACGUUGGUCAAGUUGAUGUUGCUUUACCAUCUGCCACCCAAAACGAAGUUUCUGGUGACGAAGCCAAGGCUUUGAUCCAAAACGGAUGUAAGUUCAUCGCUGAGGGUUCCAAUAUGGGUUCUACCAAGGAAGCUAUUGAUGUUUUCGAAGAAUCUAGAUCCAAGGACGUCUGGUACGCACCUGGUAAGGCUUCCAAUGCCGGUGGUGUUGCUGUCUCUGGUUUAGAAAUGGCCCAAAACUCCCAAAGAGUCCAAUGGACCACCGAAGAAGUUGACUCUAAGUUGAAGACCAUCAUGUACGAAUGUUUCGACAACUGUUACGAAACCGCCGUCAAGUACUCUGCUGACAAGAACUCUGAAGGUUUACCAUCCUUAUUAAAGGGUGCUAACAUUGCUGGUUUCAUCAAGGUUGCUGACGCUAUGUUCUCCCAAGGUGACGUCUUUUAA